AUUGAAGUGCCGUUGUAGAAAAGAAUUGCUAUAAACAUUUGUCCUACCAUGCCAAAUAAGCAUAUGGAUAAUUACAUCACAUGACCCAUACAUGUGUAGAACUUUCCUGAAUAAUAUUAUUAGGUGAUUUAAAUUAAUGAAUGAAGUUUUUUUAAGUUUCAUAGUUGUCUUUGUCCCCUUGAGAGUUAGAGAUUAAAAAAGAGGAGAAGAAAAUGGCAACAAGUGAUGGAAUUAAGAAGGUUUGUGUAACAGGUGCAGGAGGGUUUGUAGCAUCAUGGCUUGUUAAGGUUCUACUUUCCAAAGGUUACUCUGUUCAUGGAACUGUUAGACAACCUGGUAGUCAGAAAUAUGAACACUUGCUGAAACUUGAGAGAGCUUCUGAAAACCUUACACUCUACAAAGCAGAUAUCUUGAAUUAUGAAUCUGUUUACUCUGCAAUUGUUGGAUGUAGUGCAGUUUUCCAUGUUGCUUGCCCUGUACCCUCAACAGAGCUGCCUAAUCCUGAGGUGGAAGUGAUUGAGCCAGCAGUGAAGGGAACUGUUAAUGUACUUGAAGCUUGUCUUAAAGCAAAAGUUGAACGCGUUGUCUUUGUAUCAUCUGCAGCUGCUGUUGUUUUGAACCCUAAUUUUCCUAAGGAUAAAGUGUUUGAUGAGUCUUGUUGGUCUGACAAAGACUACUGCAAAGAAACCAAGAACUGGUAUUGUUAUUCCAAGACAGAAGCAGAAGAGCAGGCCUUGAAUUUUGCAAAAAGAACUGGGCUUAGUGUGGUAAGCAUUUGUCCUACCCUUGUUUUGGGGCCAAUUUUGCAGUCAACCACUAAUGCAAGUAGCUUGGCUGUCAUCAAACUUUUAAAAGGCUAUGAUUCGUUGGAGAAUAAGCAUCGUUGGAUAGUUGACGUAAGAGACCUAGUUGAUGCAAUACUUUUGGCUUAUGAGAAGCACGACGACGCGGAAGCAAGAUACAUAUGCACUUCACACGGUAUCACGACACGAGAUUUGGCUGAGAAAUUGAAGAGUAUAUAUCCAAACUAUAAGUACCCUACAAACUAUAUUGAAGUGGAUGAUUACAAAAUGUUGAGCUCAGAGAAACUGAAAAGUUUGGGUUGGAAAUACAGGACAUUGGAGGAAACACUCAUUGAUUCAGUUGAGAGCUAUAAAGAAGCUGGACUCCUUCAAUCACAAUAAUUUUAGCUUGUUACAUAUCUAAAUAAAAAAUAAAUGUGACUAAAUAUUUAGCAUCUUCCUAUUAGAAGGGAUUUGUGAGUGUGUUUCUGUUGUAGUAUUUGCUUGUGCUAUUCAAACCAAUGAUUACUUUUAAAUUCACAAUCUCCACAAGACAUGUGUUAUUAAA